AUGCAGGCGCGCUACUCCGUGUCGGACCCCAACGCGCUGGGAGUGGUGCCGUACCUGGGCGAGCAGAACUACUACCGGGCGGCGGGCGGCUACGGCGGCAUGGCCAGCCCCAUGGGCGUCUACUCGGGCCACCCCGAGCAGUACGGCGCCGGCAUGGGCCGCUCGUACGCGCCCUACCACCACCCGCAGCCCGCGGCGCCCAAGGACCUGGUGAAGCCGCCCUACAGCUACAUCGCGCUCAUCACCAUGGCCAUCCAGAACGCGCCCGAGAAGAAGAUCACGCUAAACGGCAUCUACCAGUUCAUCAUGGACCGCUUCCCCUUCUACCGCGAGAACAAGCAGGGCUGGCAGAACAGCAUCCGCCACAACCUCUCGCUCAACGAGUGCUUCGUCAAGGUGCCGCGCGACGACAAGAAGCCGGGCAAGGGCAGCUACUGGACGCUCGACCCGGACUCGUACAACAUGUUCGAGAACGGCAGCUUCCUGCGGCGGCGCCGGCGCUUCAAGAAGAAGGACGUGCCCAGAGACAGGGAGGAACGCGCGCCGCGCAAGGAGCCGCCCCCCGCCGGGCCCCCCCUGGCGGACGCCCCCAAGGAGGCCGAGAAGAAGGUGGUGGUCAAGAGCGAGGCGGCGUCGCCGGCGCUGCCCGUCAUCACCAAGGUGGAGACGCUGAGUCCCGAGAGCGCGCGGCACGGCAGCCCGCGCAGUGCCGCCUCCACGCCCGCAGGCUCCCCCGACGGCUCGCUGCCCGAGCACCACGCCGGGCCGCCCAACGGGCUGCCGGGCUUCAGCGUGGAGAACAUCAUGACGCUGCGAACGUCGCCGCCGGGCGGCGAGCUGAGCCCCGCGCUCAACCCCAGCGGGGAGCUGAACCACCUCUCCGGCCACACGUUCGCGGCCCAGCAGCAAACUUUCCCCAACGUCCGGGAGAUGUUCACCUCCCACCGGCUGGGCCUGGAGAACUCCGCCCUCGGGGAGCCCCAGGUGAGCGGCAGCGCGAGCUGUCAGCUGCCCUACAGGGCCUCGCCGUCGCUCUACCGCCACGCGGCCCCCUACUCCUACGACUGCACCAAGUACUGA